UAUUCCGGAGUGGAGGUCUGGUGAUCCCCGUUUGCUGUUCUUCGUGCACGAGGGUCGUGCACAAACCCAUUGUCCCCGGUUCGACGCCUCGUUACAGAAGUAAUUUGGGAGGAGGCACUGGUUGGUGGCGUGAAACCUGACGCGCCUCUACCCACCGGAGACUGAGGAGGAGAGCUGGGGCGGCUGGUUUCGCGUGGCCGGGUAUCGAUCAAUACUCAGUACGGGAAGAGAUGGCGCCCAAACGUGGGAAGGCAAAGGCUGGCGAACUCGUGCCCGCCUCGACCCAGCCUCGACAGGUAGCCGGGAAGAAUACUCCGGCGUGCCUCCGCCUCGUUCCUCCGGCUUCCGUCGCCAUCACCAUCCACGCAAAGCCCGGGGCCAAGAUCUCUGCUGUGACAGAUGUGAGCGACGAAGCAGUCGGAGUUCAGAUUGAUGCCCCUGCAAAGGACGGGGAAGCGAACGCAGCGCUGCUCGAUUUUAUUAGCUCGGUUCUAGGAUUGAAGAAAAGACAAAUAUCCAUUGCUUCUGGUUCAAAAUCCAGAGACAAGGUUGUAGUUGUUGAAGAUGCUUCCUUGGAUGCCGUCUUGGAUGCCUUGAAGAAAAAUUGCAAUUGCAAUUCAUAGAAUUUGGGGUAUUGGGCAGCAGGUGUAAAUCUCUACCAGUUGAUGUAGCAAAUGCAUUAGAAUGGAUGAUUUGUAAAGCAUAAAUUUUUUGUCGGCUUUUCUUGAGCCUUAUUUCAAUAUCCUGUUGUAGCCCAAUAGGGUGGUCUAGGGCUUUCAUGAGAAGCCUUUUGUAUGUUACACCACUCUGUUCGUUCUUCAACUAGUUUAACAAAAUCAAGUUUUUCUAUUUCAGUAUCGAAUGGUUGUCCGUACAUUGCGAAGGCAGGAAUAAAAAUAUUCUUCUUUUUGUAUAGCUUUAACAAAA